AUGGGCGCGCUGUACGCCGCGGGCGCGACGUCGUCCUCCGCGACGUCGUCCUCCUCCGAGAACAGCGACGCGAGCGCGGGGAGCAGCAGCGAGGACGAGGGGCUGUGGGCGGCGACCCGCCAGCGCGUGAAGCGGGCCGCGGGGGGCGCGCGGAGGCCGAAGCGCACGCUGCGGCGCAAGCGCGUGUCCGUGUCGCGCAGCCGCUCGCCGACGCCGCCGCGGCGGACGCGGCACGAGCCGCAGGCCGUGAAGUGGGAGGACGUGAGAGAGGGGAUGCUGAGGGAUGUUCCGGGACUCCCCCGGGGGCCUACGCGCGCGGAGAUCGAGGCCGCGGAGGCCGAGCGCGCGGCGGCGGAGGCGGCCGAGCAGCGGCUGGCGGCAGCGCGGCGGGAGCUGAGGGAGGAGCGUAGGCGGGAGCGGAUCGCUGCGGCGGCGGCGGCGGCGGCGGGAGGGCGCGCGGAAGGGGAGGACGUGGUGCGGAGCGCGCAGGACGCGGCGCUGCGGCAGCAUGCCGAGCGGCGGGUGCGGUCCCGGGAGGGGGCGUGGGGCAAGGCGCUGGCGGGCGCGGCGGGCGGCGCGGCGCUGCUGUUCGAGCCGGGCGUGUCGUUCGGGCCGGCGAUUCCGUCGCUGCCGGGCGACGUCGACGCGGCGCGCGUCGUCGCGGUGCACUUCGCGGUCCCGCACAAGAGACUCCUCCCGGGGGUGUUGCGGCUGAUGACGUCGGGCGGGUACAACAGGGCGACGCGCGGGGGCGCGCGGUUCGAAGACCACGCCCUCACGGUCAUCGGCGCGCAGCUCUGCGCCGACGCGCAGCCGGGCGGCCCCGCGCCCACGCGGCUCCUCGUGGCUGUUGCCGUCGGCGCUCCGGGGGUCCCCGCCACGGCGGCGGCGCGGCAGCUCAGCGCGCAGCUGGCCGGCGCGUCGCUCGCCGGCUGCGGCGCGACGCACGGGCCCGACGCCACCGGCCCGUCCGUGGGCGCUCUCGUCGACGCCGUCGUCGCCGGCCCGGGGGACUUUUGCCGCGAGCUGGCGAUGUGGCACUCCCCCCCCGGCGACGAGGCGUGCGGCGACCCGACGCUCGCCGUCGCCGUCGCGCGCGUCGGCGCCGCGGGCGGCGCCGGCUGGGCGUGGGAGGCCCUGUGUCUCGCCCUCGAGCGCGCAAUGGCCGACGGAUUGGAUGUCUGCGGGCUGCGGACGUGCUACCACGCAGCGAGCGAUGCGCAGGCGGCCGCUGCGGCGGCGGGGAAGCGCGCGCGGCAUCCCGCGCUCAUGCCGCCGCCUGCGCCCGGCCGCGCGACGGCGCCAGGCCCUGACGUCGCGGUCGCGGUGCGGGGGCCGGCGGCGGGCGCGCGAUGGAUGGCGCUGCUCGGACCGCACGUGCCGAGCGUCGCGCGCGUGACCGACCCGGCCUCGGUCAACGCGGCCCUCCCGGGGGAGUGCGACCACUCCCCCCUGACGUCCAUCUAUGACGCAGCCACCGCCGCCGCCGAGGCGGUGUGGCUCUUCGGCGGGCGCGUCGACGCCGCCGCCGACCCAGCAGCCUGGCUCGCGCAGCGCGCGGACGCAGCGACGACCGCCGCGGCCCCCCCGACGCCGCCACCCGCCAUCGCACAACCUACCUGCGCCCCCCAGCGCGGGGGGCUCCUGUCCGGCUUGCGCGCGAAGGCCGCGGCGGCGGAGGAGACGAACCACGCGCCGGCGCCGACGCGGACGUCCAGCCUGCGGCCUCUCGCGGCGCUGUGCUGCGCCCCGGCGUCGCGGUGCGCGAUCCUGGCACCCGCCGACUCCCCCUCCGACCUGCGGGCGUGCUCCGCGGCGCUCGGCGCGCUCGGCGCGACGGGGUUCGCGUGCGAGGCGCUCUCGGUCGUGCACGUUCCCGACGACGCGGCCGCGGGCGAGCUCCUGUGUGGCGUUCGCGGCACGGGGCACGCGGUGUGGCUGGCGGCGAGCGGGGGCGAUGGUGUGCAGCGGACGGCGGCGGCGCCCUCGGACAUCGCGGGGCGUCGCGUCGCGGUCGGGGUGUUCGCGCGCGCCGGUGCGGCGGCGUGGGCGGAGGAUGCGGCCGCGGAGGCGGCACGACGCGCAGCAGCGGCGACAGGCGGUGAGGUGCGGGUCGCGGCGCUGCUGUCGGCGUCCGCGGGCCCCGCGGUCGCUGGGAAGGGGCGGUGGCCCGCUGCGGCGCCCGUGGACGCGCCUCUGCGGCUCGCGACGCGGCGGCCGGCGCCGCACGAGUCGGACGCGCUGCUGACGUCAGUUGCCGCGUUCCGCGCGGCGCACGGGCUCCCGACGGUCGAGGACGCGGCGCGCGUGCCGCACGCGCCGGAGAUCGCCCUCGCGGCCGUCGCCGCGCCCGCGCACCGCCUCGCCGACGCCGCCACGGCCGUUCAAAACAUCCUGGAGACCCUCUGCGCUGCGACGGGCGGCGCGGCGCCGCUGCGCGUGCUCGGCGUGCGGCUGGAACCGGACAUCCGCAACGCGGUGCAGCGCCACCUGCACCCGGUCCCGCACGGCCACGCCGCGGCGAUAGCCGCCGGCAGCCUGCAUGCGCUGCACGGGCCGCAUGUCCUGGUCGCCCUGCAGGGCGUGGACGCGCACAAGCGGCUCCGCGGCGUCGCGGAGGAGCACGCCGGCAUCGCGGCGGUCUCGGGCGGCCCGGUCGACGGCCUCGCGGCCGCGGCGCGCGCGUUCUGCGCCUCGGAGUUAGCGACGCCGUCGGGGGGGGAGUCCGUUGCGGAGGUGCUCGCGGGCGGCCGGCCGACGACGGCGGCGUGCCUGGUGGCGGCGCCGAGCGGCGCCGCGGGCGCCGCCGCGCGCGCGCUGCCGCGGGUGCUCCGCGCGAUGCACCGGCUCGGGUUCACGCUGCGAGGUAUGAAGCAUGUGCGGGAGGGGGUGUUUUCCGGGGACGGGGGGCACGCGGUGCUGCUGUGCGCGUCGCGGCAGGGCGCGGCGUCGUGCCUGCAGGCGGCGCUCGCGGACGGCUCCGGGACGAGCGCGUCGGGGCUGCUCGGAGUGGCGGCACGGAUGGUGCCAUGGGCGGGGAGCUGGGAGGCGAUGGGCCGUCGGUUCGAGUCCGCGCCGCAGGGCGGGUGCGGGGCGGUGUGGGAGGAGCGGCUCGAGGCGAUGCGGGGCGAGGGCGGGGACUCGCGGCUGCUGCAGGCGUCUGUGUUGUCGGUGGCGUGUUGCGACGCCGACGCUGUCCCGGAGGGGGCGGUGCAGCGGCGCGGCGCGGACGCGAUGGACGGUGCGGAGCUGAGCGACGUCGCGGGGUGCAUCGAGACGCUGGUCGAGGCGGGCUUCACGCUCCUCGACACACGCCUCACGAACGGCACCCUCAUGGCACGACGCGCGCGCGCGACCCCCGGCCGCACGUCCACGAGCCCCGACCGCCCCACGCUGCACCUCGUCGUCGGCCGGGACAACGCGGUCGCGGGGCUCGGCAUGCGUCUCCAGCAGGCCCAGCAGCGCGCCGGGGCCCACGGACACAGUUCGGACCCACUGGCAGAUGUUGUGCGCUUCGCUGCGUGCGCGGCGGACGCAGCGGAGGCCCGGGAAUGGCUCGCGCGGCUCGAGCGAGGGCAGGCCUAG